AUGGUAUUAAAUUUUCAGUUAAUAUCAGUGUUAAUAUUAUUUAUAUACUUUUUCAAGGACAUUAAUGGAUCAAUAUUAUCAUCAUCAUCGUCUUCAUCAUCGUCAUCAGUGGAUUACUACCCAAUUGAGUCAAGUGGAAGAUGUGAUGAUUAUAUUGGUGAUACCACUCAAUCAGAUUGUUCAAUUUAUUUACCAUAUAAGAGAAUAUAUAUCUCUGAUACAUUCAAUCAAACCAAAUCAUUAGAAAUGGCUGAUCGAUUGUUUCCUCUUAUACAAUCGAUGAGUCGAUGUAAUCAACCAUCAGUUUUUAAAACAUUGUGCUCAUAUUUAUUUCCAGAAUGUCAAUUAUAUACAAAUAAUAAAGUUGUGGUUGCAGUACCAGUUUUAACAUGCUAUGAAGAAUGUACACAAUCAGUUUCAUUGUGUAAUGGAAAGGGAUACUUUAAUUGUAAUCAAACAUUAUCAUCAAGUGAAUCAGUACCAAGAUUUCCUGUAGAUUCAUAUUAUUAUAAUUUUGAAGAGUAUCAAAGUGGUAUAUUGGAUUUGAAGUGUAGAAAUACUUUUAAAGAGGAUUCAGAUAGUAAUAGUAAUAAUAACAGCAAUAAUAAUAAUAAUAAUAGUAGUAGUAAUAGUGAUAAUGUUACACCAAUGCCUACUGAAACUUCUUCAGAGGAACAUAACUAUAAUAAUUCACAUAGAUCUUUAGUUUUUAAGAUUUUCAUUACUUUAUGUAUAACUGUUCCAAUUAUAUUGAUUAUAGCAUUAAUUUGGUAUAACUUUAAGAGAAGGGCAACAAAAUUAAAAAAAUUACAAGAACAACAAUAUCAACAACAACAACAACAGCAACAACAACAAUAUCUUACUAUUAAUACUGAUAAUGAACAAACACCUUUGUUAAAUUAA